UGUCACUGUCAAUAAAAAUGACAUAAGAUGAGAUUUAACAUAACCUAAUUAAUUGUGGUUUCGUUUUUAAUUUAAAUUUUUAAAGUUUCACCUUUUUGAUAUUUAAAAAUGACUGCUGCUAAUCAAUUGUAUAGCGUCUUUAGAAACCUAGUAAUAUCCAAUUCCAAUCCAACAAAUGUAAGAACCUUAUUUACUGCAACCACAAGAUUCAGAGAGGUGGUUGAUAGAAAAGAAAUGUUGAAAACUGUACCGAAGUUAGAUGAAGGAACCCAAGGAGAACAAUCAGUAGAUAUAGAUUACUCGAUGAAUAAACAUGAGUUAUUUCCAACUAUAGAUACCCCUAAUAAACUGUUCAAUGGAGUACCUUUCAAGGAUAUACCUGUAUUUAAUAUUAGAGUAUCGAAGAAUAAUACUAUUUUAAGUCUCACAGACGCUAAAGGUACGCCUAAAUUAAUUCGUUCUUGUGGUAUAGAAGGUUUUAAAAAUACACGAAAAGGUACAAAUAUUGCAGCACAAGCUACUGCUAUAACUAUAGGAAGUAAAGCCUUUGAACAAGGUUACAAAACAGUGAGGGUCAGAGUAAGAGGCUUAGGACCAGGUAGAAUGGCCGCUAUAAAAGGUUUGCAGAUGACUGGGUUACAAAUUAUUUCAAUAACUGAUAGUACAAGGGUGUCUUGGACACCUCCCAGGCCCAGAAAACAGAGGAAACUUUAA